AUGUCACCUAAAACGAAUGCAGUGGGUGCGAAUCGUCCACUCACCAAACUAGAGAAACAAAGAGAAAGAAAUAGAAUCAGAGGCUAUUUAAAGAAACAAGGUGUGAAGUCAGUUCAUGAAUUGGUUGCAUCACCACAGAAUGAUUUCAUAAAAGAAAGAUAUAGAGCUACCAAUCCAAUCCCUAGGGAUGCUCAAACCAUAGAGCCAGCUUUACCAUCAACUUCUGAGUCGUCUUUUGGGAAAACUUCAUACAGUAUUGAAGAGCGAAUAUCAAUUACAGAGGAUUUCAUAAAAUCCCAUCUUUCAGCUAAUAAAUACUUGACUAAAUAUCCUCACCUCAACGUGUGCAAAAGUACUUUGAACUAUUGGAAAAUUAAUCAUCUGAAAUCCCUUGGGACUGCUCUUGAGAAGUCUAGCUCCAGAGAACAAUCUCCAGCUCUAAGAAAUGGAUCACAGGGUCAGGGGUUUAGGGAUCAAGAUUCUUCACCUCCACCCCAUACCUCAACAACUCCAUCACAAUCUUUGACACCAACUGAUCGAAAGCUAAAUACUACUACCCCAAAUUCUGAGGCAACCUUCACGGAUCAAGGAACAAUCACGAGAGACCAUACACCAGAACGUACAACAUGCGCCACACCUAUAGCUCCACCAAGUCUUCAUAUUGAUAAUCAAAUAUCUAAUGUGCAUACCCAAAACUCAAAUGAAUCAACUCUCUCCGAAAUGAAUAAUCUACAGAAGUCACAGAUACCCAUUAAAGAUAGAAAGCCUUUCAAAAAAGUUGAACCGUUUCCUUAUCCAAAAGCUUUGUGUGCUUUAGAGAUGUGGGGCCAGGUAUAUCAAGUUCAAUAUGAUAAUGCACAAAGAGACCAAGUCGUUAGGGAUAAUUUUCUCUAUUUUGUUGCAAGAUAUCAAGAUGAGUACAAAAUAUUUCAGGAAGAAUUUAAUUCAACUAUCACAACCACUCAAAUGGAAACCAUUAUGAAAAAACUGGGCUUUACUUCACCACCAGCCACAGCACCACCACCAACAGUAACAACAGAAAGUCACAAUGAACAAGAAACACCAAACCCAUAUCCAGUUGAAGCUUCAAUGUCACAUAAUAUCAAAGAAAAUAAAUCAGAAAAAUCUACCAAUGAUCAAUCCCGUGUCGAUUUUGAAAAUCAAGCUUAUAAGAGAUAUGUUGAGUCAUUAGUGCUUGUGGAGCGCUAUACUAGACUCAAUAAAGAUAUAGUUGUGACAGAUCCUAGACCACACAGAACUGGUAUGUCAAAUAUAUUUACUUCAGGUCUUGUUGAACAAAGUCGAACACGAAUCAUAUCAGAUGAACAAUAUGAAGAACAUUUGAAACUCUUGUCCAUUUUUGUGAAGGCACAUAAGGGAGAUAUUGAUCUUUAG